CCAUCUCAUCCACUACUUCGUUUACCAUCUCUUUGACUAUCUUACCACCAUCUCAUCCACUAUCUCGUUCAUCACCUCGUCACCAUCUCGGUCACCACCUCGUCCAUCAUCACGGUCACCACCUCGUCCACCAUCACGGUCACCACCAUCUCGUCCACCAUGGCAGGAGGAAAUAAGCGUGAAAGAUGCUAUAAACCUAUUACGAUCGAAUCUGCUUGGGAUGAUUUGCUGCAGGAUGCUAGGAACAUCCAACUUUAUGGAUUGCAUACGUCUCAUCGCAAAUCGCUAAGAGGCGCCCAAAAAGUGGUCAAAGGGCUUUCUACAGGUGCGGAAGCACGGGACUACAAACAUUUCCUGAAUAUAAUUCACCGUGACUGCGGGAUUGAGGUGAUGUUUGUAGUCAGCUCGAGCGUAGGCAUCGUUCGCUUUAGUCGAUUUUCAGCCAAGGUUAGAAAAGCUUUCCUCGACAGGCUCCGAAGCGAAGGCAAAGUUGCGAUCAGUCGCUGCGGAAACUUCGAAGAGAAUACCAAAGAGUGGUUUCCGGAAACCGAGGUCCUUCAUUAUCAUCACGUUGACGAGAGUCCUCAAACUCAAACGCAUACGAUAUUUGAAAAUGCGUUUACCCAAGGAUUUGAAUUUGUUUUUGGCAACAGUAUAUGCUAUACAAUUUACAAGCAAAUGGCUCAAGCUGCAAGGUAUACAGUUCUCACCGGCGCUAUCAAGAUGUCUUUUCCGAUUCGAGGUUCGACAGACUGCAGCUUGUGCUUAGUCAUCCCUGCCAGCUGGGUCGCUGCGGUCGCCAAAGCUUUGUUUGAUGUGGAUGUAGAAUCUGAUGGCGAGACACGGUACAUUAUACAUAAAGUGAAAAUAUACCCAGAUCCAAAAUAUCCAUUGACAGGCAUUAGCACUACAUUAAUACCUCCCGUCUUUGGUGAGAAUAUAGCUUCUGCAAUGUUGGCGAGUAGCAAGAGGGAAGAGGAGGUGGAGAAGAGUAUUGAAAAAACGGAUUGUGUCUCCAUGACUUGGACGAGCGACCCGGAUGAAGAUGGAAUCAUCAAUAUCAUCCUAGGUCUCGAACGUAGUGUCGAGCUAUGCAAUAUACUAUACUAAUACAUCACUUCUCUUCCUUAACUUCUCCAUCC